AGCGAGCCCCUGACUGGACAGUUGAUGAGGCUCCUCAAGACAGGACAUGUGGAAGCUAUGCAGAGGCACCAUUCGUUUUCUCCUAUGAAUAAGUAGCCUAGGCUACUUCAAGGAAGGAAGGAAAGAAUGAUGCGUUAUCAAAGUAGUCCCAAUGAACAAGACUACUCCACUCUUUUUCGGACCAGCCAAGAACCUAGACCGAGUUUCACUUUCACAUUUUUUUCUCUGGAAGUUUAGAUUUUGCAAAGGAUAUUCAACCCCUUGUUCUGGUGAAUCAGGGUGUCACUCCUCUACAGUCCUGCAAGGCUGCGUGAACAGAUUACAUGAUAUCGUCUUCCUCUGAUAAGAAAUAAUAUGAUCUGCUGUGCCUACAUCGGGGGUGGCUGAGGACCAGAACGCGCAUCCAUCAAGGCGGGAGCGCGCACUGAGAAGGGGCGGGGCAGCGGGAAUCUCUCUUUCCGGAUAUUUACCGAUGUUUACCUCCACCUGCCCGCGCGACGCGCCCGGUUCCGAGGUUUUUAACAGCGGUUGUAUCAACGGACAUGACAAAGUUCACAAAUCCAGGACUACUGAGGUCGUGCAGAAAUGGACUGAGGGUUGCAUCAGUGUGUGUUUGUCAGUGUGUGUAUGUGUGUGAGUGAAGCGUAAAUCAGAGUGCAAAGACACAGAGACGUGAUAGUCCGGCAUCCCUUUGUGACAUAGCUACGCUUCUCUGAGACCACUGUCCGCGGGGAGACGCACAGCCCUAACGGGUACCUCCCCAACAUUCACAACCAACGCGGCUCCACGUCCCUCUGUUCAUUUGAAUGUGUUAAGAAUUCGAAAAAGUAUGAAAGCCAACGGUCCAAUAUUCUAGAAUACUGCUGUGCGUACACAUUUUGGACUCUGAUAGACGUGUAUGUGAGAGAAAGUGAAUGUUUGUGUGUGUGUGAGGUUGAGUAACCCGCGGUAACAGACAUGCCCAAGCCUGAUCUACUCUGUUUGGUUCAACUACUGGACAACACUAUCCAGACCUUUACAGUCAAUAAGCAGGAUGCAGGGGAGGUUCUGCUGGAGCAGGUGUGUAACCAGCUGGGUCUGCUGGAGAGACACUUCUUCAGUCUGCAGCUACGAGACUCCAACACCACCAUCGUUGCUCAAACACACUCUCCUAGGUGGCUAGAAGCCAACAAACCACUGAAGAAGCAGCUGAAAGGAGUUGUCUCUCCCUUCUACCUGACCCUCCGAGUCCGAUUCUUCAUCUCAGACCCCAACUCUCUACAGCAUGACCAGACCAGGCAUAUGUACUUCCUCCAGAUCAGGAGUGACAUCAGAGAGGGCAGGUUGAAGUGUCCUCUGAGUGCAGCUGUAGUACUGGCCUCCUAUGCUGUGCAGUCUGAGCUAGGUGACUACUCCCCAUACCUUCUCCCUGGUUACCUGUCCAAAAGCCACUUCCUCCCGGAGCAGGACGAUGACUUCCUGUCUAGAGUGGAGGCUCUGUACCCAGGGCACAGGGGGCUGAAGCAGAGUGAGGCAGAGCUGUGUUUUCUCAAUACAGCAAGAACACUGGAGCUGUAUGGAGUGGAGCUACACAAUGCCAUUGACUCCAACAGUUCCCCUCUAUUGGUGGGAUUGGCCUCAGGGGGCGUGGCUAUCUUCUGUAACAUGAUUUGCUCCAGCUUCUUCCCCUGGGUGAACAUCAUCAAGAUAUCCUUCAAGAGGAAACGCUUCCUUAUGCAGCUCCGACGCAAACAUGGGGAGACGCAGGACUGUGUGGUGAGCCUGGUCCUGCCCUGCCACAGGGCAUGUAAGAGCCUGUGGAGGUCAUGUGUGGACCAUCACUGCUUCUUCCACUCCAACAAGGCAACCCGUAGCCCACACUACGCCAACCUGGCAACCCAGAUACACAACAAGCUGCUAUCACAACACUGGGCCUUGGGCAACACUAAAACAGACAGUGGUCCAGUGUGUAAGAAAGUGAUGGGUGGGAUGGAGUGGAACCCGGUUCUGAGGGGGUCCACCUCGUCAGAACACCUGGAGACCAAGAGCCUGCCGUCCCGAUCCCCCCCGCUCACACCCAACUGGCGGAGUCAUCGUGUGCGUCAUGGCGCCCGUAAACCCCGCCCCUCCUCAGUGGAGCUGAACAAUGACCUGCGAGACGUGUCAGAGGGGGAGGAAGUCUUUUACACCUACAGGGUCUCCCUCAGCAGCAGCAGGGGCAGCCAGGAGGGCACGCCUACACACAGUGUUUCUGGUACACACAGCCAAGGGGGCGGAUUGUCGCAAGUUGAUGAUAUCAGCACAGGAGAGGACGACAUUGAGGCCACCUCUCACUACCGGGACAAGCGUGCUCUGGGAGAUGGAGACCUGCUAUUGGUGCGUCUCGCUCCUGAUCACAACGGAAAGUUUGGUUUCAAUGUCAAAGGUGGCGUGGACCAGAAGAUGCCUCUGGCCAUAUCCCAAGUCAACCCUGACUCCCCUGCGGGGCGGAUUGAGCCAAGGUUGUUGGAAGGUGACCAGGUCGUGUUGAUCAACGGUCGCGACAUCUCUGAACACACGCAUGACCAGGUUGUCAUGUUCAUAAGAGCCAGCAGAGAGUCCCACUCCAGAGAACUGGCUCUGCUCAUACGACGCAAAGGUCCAGGGCGUGUGGCCCCCCUGCUGCAGUUUCCCUCUGGCCUGUCUCUGACUGGCCAAUCACACGGUGAUCCACUGCUUCUGCCUGGCCAAUCAGAACGAGGCCAGACACUUGAAGAGUCCAUGAAACAACUGGAGAGGGGAAUCCAGACAGGCACUCUCACCUUCCACUUCGAGAACCUGUACAUGAGGAAGCCUGACCUAUCAGUAGCCUGCGCUCGUCUCCCAGAGAACACAGACAAGAACAGAUACAAGGACGUGCUGCCCUAUGACGUCUCCAGAGUGGUACUUCAGGACCAAGAGGACUACAUCAAUGCAAGCCACAUCAUGGUGGAGCCCCCAGGGUCUGGUGUGUGUCUGCGCUACAUUGCAGCUCAAGGACCGCUGCCUCAGACCUGCACUCACUUCUGGCAGAGUGUGUGGGAGCAACGCACACACACCAUCAUCAUGCUCACCACACUCACCGAGAGAGGACGGACUAAGUGCCACCAGUACUGGCCACACCCUCCUGAAGUGGUUGAUUAUGGGUACCUGAGGGUCAGCUGCCACUCCGAGGAAUGCAACCUGGCCUACGUCACACGCCAGUUCACCCUCACACACACAAAGCUGGGAGAGGAGCGUUCGGUGACCCACCUGCAGUAUGUAGCAUGGCCAGACCAUGGUGUACCUGAUGACCCCUCAGACUUCCUGCUGUUCAUCACCUCUGUUAGGGAGAGGAGGACAGGAGACACGCCACUUAUGGUGCACUGCAGCGCUGGGAUUGGGCGUACAGGUGUUCUCAUUACCAUGGAGACGGCGUUGACGCUGUUGGAGAGCGGACGACCUGUGUUCCCUCUGGACAUCAUCAAGACGCUCCGAGACCAGAGGGCCAUGAUGAUCCAGACCACGUGUCAGUUCCGGUUUAUGUGUGAGGCCAUCCUGCGUGUCUACAGAGAGAGGAGAGCAUUCUGCAGCACCACCCUCAGCACGGCUAACGGACCACUAACAGGAGGAGGGGGGGACAGCUAGCCACAGCGCUAGGCUAACAGGAGGGGGGACACCUAUACACAGAGCUAGGCUAACAGGGAGGGGGGACACCUUGGCACAGCGCUAGGCUAAAAGGAGGAGGGGGGACAGCUAGCCACAGUGCUAGGCUAACAGGAGGAGAGGACCGCUAGCCACAGCGCUAGGCUGUAGCUUUAGAGAGCCAUAGCACGCCACUAGCCUUAAGUGCUCGGCUACGGCAAGCCUUCGGUUGCUACAGCACAUAACAAGCCGUAGUGCAGAAUGUGCUCAGCUAGUCCUAUCCUUAUGCCAGCCACAGAGCACAGCUAGCAGGGAAGGGUCAUGUACUAUAGAGAUCUGUAUCUUUUUUUUUCUCUGGGACAAAAGUGAUACCGUGUGAGUGACUGAAGACUGUAUCUCACUAUAGCCACUGUAGAAAUUAUGCCUUAGAGAAAUGCCUUCCUAAUGGUGGGCCCGCGGCUAGUUCCUCCUGAGUGGUAGCUAUUUAGCCUUCCUAAUGGUAGGCCGCAGCUAUUUCCUCCUGAGUGGCGGCUAUAGAACUAGGCCUUUUCUAGACUAGAGCGAUUGACUGGUCUGUCUGUGUUGUUGGGAGAGUGUCAGAGGCUUUCGGUGGAUUCACAGUACUGACGAACACUGCCAGAGGCACCACACACUAACCCCCGCUCCAAUCUUCCCUAAAUUAUUGACACACUGAAUAAACACACUGUAAUCUA